AUGCUCUCAGGAGAGAGAGAAGCUCAGGUUGGAUCUGGGCGUACCAGUGGAGGAAGUGUGGUUCAUAAUGAUCAUUACUGCUGGACGCGUCCAGAGGACAUUGACUAUGACAGGACUGUGAAUAGAUGUGACGGUGGGUGCUCGGAUCUUGCUGCCGAGAUGUCAGCGGCUUUAGCCUCUGCAUCCAUUGUAUUCAAGGACAACAGAGACUACUCUAAGAAGCUUGUUCAUGGGGCUAAGACGCUCUUUACGUAUGCAAAUGCUAUGGGGCGGUGCUUGGUUAUCAAGUUACCAAUCGUGAUAUGGCAACGCAUGCCGGUGCCUUCUGGAGUAGCCCUUACUAUGGUGUCCCUAGCUGGGACAACAAACUACCCGGAGCUCAGGUUAGUUCUGUAG